AUGAGUGCUGGGUAUCCAAGCUUUGCAGGACGUGUGGAUUACUCCAGUCUCAAAGAUUUAGUUGAUUCAGAAUACGCUGAUAUCGUUCUUGAAUUCCUUUGCAAAUCUAAUGAUGAUCUUCCAGAAUCUAUAAAAGAUAGGGUCAGCACAGAAUUAAUAAAGCAGCUGCAAGAGUUAGAUUGAGAAAAUCUUAAUCCUUAUGAUUUACUUUAUUGAAGCACAGAAGACCAGUCUCACACACUAUUGUCUUUGCUACUAACUUUCGCUAUAAGAUAUAAAAUAGAGCCAAGUGUGAGCUUAAUACGUGAUGAAAAAUUUAGAUAUUUCUUGGACUGAUUGAUCCAAGAAAAAGAUGACUUUUUAUGGGCAGAGCUUUAUUUACUUAUUAUGAGCAGCUUGGCAGAAUAUAAUUUUGAUCUAUUUGAUCAAUACUGAAAUGGCAAAAGCGGCAAUUGAUGCUUGCUGGCCCAAAAAAUCCACUCGAGACAAGCUUUGGUAUGCUUGAUGGCAAUCCUAGCAAAAUAUAAUUGUGUAUGAAUAUAG